AUGUGUAAACAUGUUGCUGGUUUGGCUAUUCGAUUAAACUAUUGCAAGUCACCACCUGCUGCUAAACAAGUUGAAAUUGGGGGAAAAAAACGUCGUACACACCAAUGGGAAGAAAUGGAAACAGAUAUUUAUGAUUGGGGAUUAAAACAUCCAUAUACUUGUUUAGUUUAUCGUUUAAAACAUAUCGAUUCUGAUGAUGCAUAUAGUUCAGUACAAUAUUUCAAAGGUACAGCAGUUCUCUGUCAUCUUGAACAAGAUAUUGUUCGUUCAGAAUCUGAUUUUGAUGCACUUCUUCGUUUGUAUAUUGAUAAAUUUAUUGAUUGGAAUUCAUGGUUAUAUACUCCUGGUGUGCCUUCGAUUACUAUUGGUUUUCCUAUAAAACUUGAACGACAAUGUCAACAAUUAGCUGAUCAAUAUUCAUUGAUAACAAAUGAACAAUUAAAUUUAUUAAAUGCAAAUUAA